AUGCAUUCAACGGCUGCGCACAUCUUGUUUGUUUUGGGCAUGGUAUCAUGCAUCCGAGGAACUUCGGCCCAAACAACCGUGUUCAUACUGGACGAUGGAGGCAACUUCAACUGUCCAGGAGUCCUUCGUAACAACGGCACCAACGACAAGCAAAACUACUGCUGUGUUGGCGGCGAACUCGAUCUCAGCACCUGCGAAGGAUGGCCCAUCUGCACUGGCAGUUCCUGGAAGCCAAAGCCCAUUACCUGUGCGACUACGGUGCCUAUCAGUGCCACGGAUUACAAUGCACAAAUCAAGAGCGCAAGAUCAAAGUAUCUUGGGGAUGGUAUGCCGACGGUGACUGGUGAUUCUGUGUCCGACGCAGCUGUGAACGAAACUGGCAGCCAGCAGGCGACUACGGCAUCUGCUACUGGUGCGGCAGCUGAGUCUACAGCAACGGGUAAUGGCGCUAGUGCCGUGAUGCCAAGUUUGGCAGGUGGAUUAAUGGGAGGUUUGAUGGUUCUAUGGAAUGCUCUGUGA